AUGGCCGUCGUCGAGGAAUUUGAUUACUUAUGUCGACUAUGCGCAACUAAAACAGGUAUCCUCAUGGGAUUACCAAUUUUCGAAGCCGGCGAUCAGAUGCGCAACAUUGACAAGAAAAUAGCCGCAUGUUUGCCAGUGCAGGUGUCUAUGACUGAUCAACUGCCAAAAGUGGUGUGCGAGGAGUGUGCUUACAAAUUGGAUCAGUUAUUUGAUUUUCGUGAGAAAUGUUUACAUACUGAGGGAAUGUUCAUGGAAAUGUUAAAGGAAAUUGCCAAGCAAGAGAUUGUACGCAUAUCGAAAAGGGACUUGGAAGAAGUAGAAGAAAUGAAGAGAAUUCAAAGAAAUAUUAACAGAAUACAGAAUGACAUGGAAAAUGUACAAAAUCAUGUAACCACUCAGGAAACAGCAGAGCCUACUAUACAUACCAUGCAAGUCAUGGAUGAAAUAGACUUGGCAACUGGUGAACAAGUUGUUACACAAGAAGAAAUGGGACAACAGGAUACUGAUAUUGAGGUUACUGGUAUUGACUGUUUAGAUGGAGAUACAGCCAGAAUGGUGGAUGAACAUAUACGAGAAGUUUCUAAUCAUCAAAUAGCAAUGCAUUUGGAGGGUGAUAUGACUGUAGUUGGAAAUUUAACAGUGAGCGGUCAUUUAAGUCAAUUAGGAAUAAAUUAUGUUACUUCAAUAAAUCCUGAAGAUCAAAAUCGCGAAUCAAUUGUACAUUACUGUGACAAUGUAAAGUACGAAUCAGUACCAAUAAAACAGGAAUAUCACAGGUUGCAAGAUAGAUUGCCUACAGAAGAUCCGACAAAUGUACUCGAAAAUAAUGUAUCACAUGAGAGCUUCGCUCCUACUCAGCCAGAAACUGGUAGUGAUAUAGAAGAAACACGUGUUGUUGAAAGAGAAACUCCUAAUCAUACAACUUCUCAAACAAAUACUAUUGCGUCAACGAGUCAAAUAACAACUGGAAGUUCAGAAAUUUUAGUAGAAUAUACAAAAAGAGCCAAGCAUGCGUUAUUAGAAUCAACAUUGAAUAAUCCUACAGUAGAUGAAACAGGCUCACACUGGUAUGUGUGUCCAUUUUGUAACGAAGCGACGUUAGGUUCAAAUAAUAUGAUAGCACAUUUCGAACAAUAUUUCUGCUGCUGUCCCUGUGGUUUAUAUUUUACAAGUGUAAAUGCCUUAAAUGUACAUAAAGAAAGAUGUGAUGUAUAUAAAAGUAAAACAAUCAGCAAAGAAAAGGAAGUUGUAGAGCCUGAGUUAGCGUCUUCUCAAAAUGAUAUAAAUAUAGAAGAAAAAAAACAGACAACGGUAAGGCAAAAAUGGACUCCAAAAGUUUGUACUCAAUGUGGAAAACAAUACAGGACGAAUUACAAAUUGCAAGAACAUAUGCGGAAACACACUGGUGAAAAGCCUUUUCAAUGUGUGACUUGUGAAAAAGCAUUUCGUAGUAAAAUCGGGCUUGCACAACACACAGCCACGCAUACAGGACAAUUUGAUUAUAAUUGCUCCACGUGUGGUAAAGGUUUUCAAUCUAAAAGUUAUCUUGUCCUUCACCAAAGAGUGCAUUCAGAUCUGAAGCCUUUUCCAUGUAACACUUGUGGACAACAUUUCAAAACAAAGCAGUCACUGUUAGAUCAUCAAAACAGACAUCUUGGAGUCAAACCGUAUGUUUGCGAAAUUUGCGGUAGAGGUUUUAUAACGAAAGGACUUUGUAAAAGUCAUCAGAAAAUACACUCGGGCAUGGAUAAUCGUCAGUAUCCAUGUGUAGUAUGCAAUAAAAUGUUUGUUAGUAAAAGUUAUCUGAACACGCAUUUACGCAUUCAUACGGGUGAAAAGCCGUAUUUGUGCGAAGUUUGUGGUAAAGGAUUUUUAACAAGAGUCGAUCUUAAAAUCCACUCGACAAUGCAUACAGGAGAGAAAAGCUUUAAAUGCGAUAUGUGUGGUAAAGUAUUCGCCAGAAGGGCAGCGUUAAGGUGUCACAGAAGAUUGCAUACCGGAGAACGACCUUACAGGUGUGACGUAUGCGGUAAAACAUUCACACAGUUUACUCCUAUGGCCAUUCACAAACGAUUACAUACUGGAGAGCGACCGUAUGAAUGUGACGCAUGUGGCAAAACAUUUGUAUCGCGAUCGACCAUGAUGUGUCAUAAAAAAAAGCACCAUAGUGCACCACCGGUGCAAAAAGAUGAACCAGUUCCUCGUCAAAAUGAAGUGAAAAAUAUAUUACCAGCAGAAAUUGUACUUCGAGAUUCCCAAGAAGGAAUUCAAAUAACCGCAGAUUGA